AAUGCGCCCCCUGGAGGCCACGUGCAUUACAACGUCAGCUACGUAAUGUGCGGAGGGCAAAGGUCAAAUCAGCAAUGAAGAUUCCGCCACCGUAGCAGCCUCACUUACUGUCGCACUUGUUUAUUAUUUUAAGGGGAGCUCACAGAAACGGGCGAGCUGCACCCCAGCCAAACUGGAAGAGGUCAUGGCACGUCUGGUAGCAGUUUGCAGGGAAGGGGAAGAGGACUACCCAUUUCUCGCCAGACAGAUCCCCCUGUGUAUUGAUGAUACUCUCACGAUGGUGAUGGAAUUUUCUGAUGGUGUCAUGGGUGUUGACAGCCAAGAAAUAAGCACGUCUCAUUGGAAACAAUUUUCUGAGUAUCACUCCAAGUUGAAGCAACAGGACUUGAAUAUUGCCCUGAUGGUGACCUCCAGAGAGGUGUACAGUGCAUUAUCUCAGCUGGUGCCAUGUGUGGGCUGCAGACGAAGUGUGGAGCGCCUCUUCUCACAUUUGGUGGAAUCGGGGAACCCAGCCCUGGAGCCCCUCACACUCAAACCCACAGGCAUGCUCUCUGUCACCAAAGCCUGUUUAGCAGAUGUAAAGAAGCUCUACAACCUUUUCUACAUCCACGGGUCAAAGUUGAAUGACAUGAUUGAUGCCAUUCCAAAAAGCAAAAAGAACAAACGCUGCCAGUUACACUCCUUAGACACACACAAACCUAAACCUUUGGGUGGAAGCUGGAUGGAUGUGUGGGAGCUGAUGUCUCAGGAGUGCAGGGAUGAGGUGGUCCUCAUUGAUAAUGCUUGUCUCUUAGAGACACUGGAGACAUACUUGCGUAAACACAGGUUUUGCACUGACUGUAAGAAUAAAGUGCUGAGGGCAUACAACAUCCUGGUGGGGGAGUUGGACUGCAGUAAAGAGAAGGGGUAUUGUGCUGCCUUGUAUGAGGGACUAUGCUGUUGCCCCCACGAACGCCACAUCCAUGUGUGCUGUGAGACUGACUUCAUUGCUCAUCUCCUCGGCCGGGCAGAGCCUGAGUUUGCAGGAGGCUAUGAACGCAGAGAGCGACAUGCCAAGACCAUUGACAUUGCACAAGAAGAAGUCCUGACCUGUCUGGGUAUUCACCUGUAUGAGCGGCUGCACAGGAUCUGGCAGAAACUACGAGCAGAGGAGCAGACCUGGCAGAUACUGUUCCAUUUGGGAAUUGAUGCACUACGCAAAAGUUUUGAGAUGGCCGUGGAGAAAAUGCAGGGGAUCAGUCGGCUAGAGCAGUUUGUUGAGGAGCUGUCUGAGGAGGAGAGGGCCAAAGAGCUGAAGCAGGAGAAAAAGAGGCAAAAGCGCAAAAAUCGUCGCAAAAACAAGUGUGGCUUUGACGUAUCUGAACAGGAGGGAGAGGACAAGGAGAAAAAUCUGGAUGAGGGUUCUCUUGAGUCUGUGGAGGGCACUUGCAAGGUCUGUGGUAGCCAUGAUGAGGAGGAAGAGGAGGAGGAGGAGGCCAGAUGUGUUCAGAGCGUCGUCACCAAUGGAAGCACGUCCUGUAGCUGCCGAGACGACAUGAAACAGGAUUUGUCUCCUCACAGCAAUGGUAGUGACUGUGGCUACUCCUCAAGUAUGGAGGGCAGUGAGACAGGAUCGCGGGAAGGUUCUGAUAUUGCCUGCUCUGAGGGAAUAUGCAACCAUGACGAUGCAGGAGAUGACUCAAACGCCCAUCGCUGUGCUGAGGACAAGGAGGAGGAUGGAAUAGACAGUUGUGUGGACUGCUGGCCACACUCUGUGGAAAACACUCAAUGCAAGAGUAAAAAGAAGAAAAGGAAGGGCAAGGGGUUAUGCAAUGAUCAGUCAUCCGCAUCAUUGCACACUUGCCGAACCAAAGAAAUCUUUUCCUCCUUAUGUGGCGAUACAUUUGCCAGGAUUGCACUACAGUUACCAUGGACAGUAAAUAAUAAUAACCUCAACCUUGAAGCGAGGCCUCCAGAGGCAAACACAAGUCUCAUGGAACUUCUGGAUGACUCGGAAGUGAUUUCAGAUGAAGAGAAUUAUCUGACACAGGAUGAAAUCCAAGCGUUUUUGGAAAGAAACCAGUCCUUCUACAACAACCGCCAUCAGUACCGACAGCUCCUGAAAGAGAAGUUCACCAACUACUGCCGCACCACUGAGCGGAGUAAGCCAGUCUGCGGAAAGUGGUUUACCACCACCAGUGUCAACUAACUGCACUAAUGGUAUCUUCCCUGGGGAAAAAACACUCGUUACCACUGCUGCAACAUCUUUAGGAAAGAUACAAUCCUGAAGUACAUUUGAUGUCUUAUUCAGUCUUUUCAUCGUUAAAGUAAAUUUGAUUCUUACUUUCUGUUGAUCAUCGCUCUCUUUCACACUUACACCAACACUUUUCUAUCAUUUUUUUGGCCACUUUCUCACCCGUAAGUGUUCUCUUUGACCAAGUCUAGCUAUUUGUUGUUGGUCUUCUGUAGGGUUGUUUGGUAAGAGCACAGUGGAAUCAGUAAUCAAGCUUUGCAAGCUGUGUCAUUAGGAAAACAUCUUAGUAGUCUUAUGUUUGUCUAUUUUUUUUUUUUUUUUUAUUCGGUGACACUUUGGUGUAGUGGUAAAGGUUGUACCAUUAAAUGUGUACAGAAAUUCUAAAUAUAAAGAUUUUACAGAGAAUAAACAUCCAUUUGUAACAAGGAUCUGGGUGUGAUGUUAAGGGCGCACUGUGCAAAAUUUACUAAAUAAAGAGUAUUUAUUAAUAUGCAUUACAAA